AUGUCAAUCUCCGAGGCCAUCGAAGACACGGGCUCCUUCGAGCACGCAGACGUCUACAACCGGAGUGAAGCCGGACUGGAGGGUGCUGGAGUCAGGGCCCUCAAGGAUGCCCCCGAGAUGUCCAGUGUUCACGCCUCCGGGCAGGGCCUGAGCGACGUGCCACCGACGCUCGAGUCCGACGGUAGCGUGACGCAGGCAGAUGUCACUGCGUCUGUGAUUCGUCGGUCGUUGAUGAAGCACGCGCACGACGCCGAGGAAGAGUUCAAGCUCAUUCCUGUCACCCCCAUCGCGUUGUCGAAGCUGAAGCAUUAUUGCGAGAACAACAAGGUCGCCGAAGCGUUGCAGGUCAUGCAAGAGAAGCACUACAUCGAGGUGGACCCCACAAUGUACGUCGGAGCCAGCGACCCGAGCAUCGUCGUGGACGUUAUAGAGACACGGUGGGACGCGGAGAUCCGGAUACCGCGGGCGGCAGGAUUCGGGGUGGUGCUGCCCCAUCCAGAGCACGCGAAUGAGGCCGCCUUCGGGCAGUGGCGAGUGAACAUGCGAGUGAACGAGCCGACGUUCGCGUUCCGUGGCUCUCGUGAGAGCUUCCCAUUCGACCCCACUGGACGGCUUGUGUACUUUGGGAAGACAGGGGGAAACGCGGACGUGUUCAUCGGAUGGAUUCCUGAGGCCAUCCUAGAGCCGAACCACAAGUGGCCAGAACAUGGCAAGCUGCCGACGAGUCCGUCGAGGACGCUGGCUCGAGCGACGCAGGCGAUGACGAUCCACUUUCUUCGUGAGUGCAGAUACCGUGACAUCGACUGCACGACGUCGUAUCCGGACUUGAACAACGACCGUCUGUUCAAGAUGACAAGUAACCUUUUCAAGGCGACCGGCAACACGCUGUCGAUGACUCAGGAAGAGGUCGCCGAUUUCAGCCAGGCCAUUCGAGACGGUUUUCAGGAAUGGUACGACGAUGCGCCACAGGAAUACAAGGACAUUCCCGAGAUGCAGCACGCCUUUCCCGGGGCGAUCUUCAUCCAGUACGGCCAAGACUACCCUUUCGUUGUCAACCCUCGGGAGCAUCCGGAAAGGCAGUGGUUACAGCACUACAACGUCGAGGAGUUUUACUCAAUGGGCUUCGCCAUCACGUCGCAUCUUCAGGCGGGCUUGAUUGAAAGUGAAACUCCUCGCAACGUCGACCGGUUGAGGCGAAUGAACCUGUACACUACACCUGAUCCGCGUACGAGGGAGAAGAUCGACGACAUCGCUAACUACCCGCUAGUGGACGAGGAGCAUGACGAACGGGAGAUCCGGGUGUACAACGAGGAGGGCUUUCGGGUGAGGCGUCAUGACAUCCAAGUGGGGCCUGUCGGCCCUGCGCUGCUCGCGAACGUGAAGACGUCGAAGAAACUUUUCGAAGCUCCUGAGCUUAACGUCUUUGAAAUGGACGACGAAGACGAUCCUAUGGAAGGUCUACCGUUCGACUACAAGGCCAGCUACGACGCUUACCCGCUCGGGUUCACCCAUUGGUUGGGACAAUGGCAAUCCGACGGGUUCACGUACGGUCUACGAAGGAAGGUCGAGGAGAUCAUCGAGAAGGUGUCUGAGGGCGAUGAGCCUGCCGUUAUCACCGGCCGCUCGCAAGGGUACAACACCGCGAUCCACCGUGCCCGGUCCAGCGCGGAGACUCACAUGGCGCAGCGUGGUCUCAUGACGGCGGUCAGCAGUGGGGCGUGGGCGAUUUCGCCAAAGGCGAAGCAAUCAGCGCAAGAUCUGUUGGACCUCGUCACGAUGAGAAGCCCAGGAGAGUGGAUAGACAGCCAGCUGGGGAGCACGAACCCGACGUCGUGGCGGUGGGAACAAAACUUUACCGUCGUUUUCUCCCGUCUGAAGAUGACUAUCGACGACGGCGCCAAGUUGUUCCUACAUCUCUUUCGUCGACUGGCCAAGGCGGUCACUCACCCUGUGGCGCUAGAUCCGAUGGUGGAAAGUCUCGUCGCGAUCAAGGACAACAACUGGCCGAAAUUGCUCAAGUGGACGACGUUCCCUCUUCGGUGCUGGAUCAAGGCAGUAUUCGAGGCCCACAUUCAUCCCCAUCUGACGUCGACGCGGCCGAGCCACCCUCAUCCCGUCUGGGUGGAGGUGAUCGCGAUCCUUGAUCGUCUGUUCAACUACGCGUAUACCGGUGCGGCGAGGGUCCUCUGCGGGGGCGCAAUGAAGCAAAUAUUCGCGACGCCGUCCGUGAAAGACUUUGGAUUUCCGAUGCUCAACGACGACAUCGUGUACGUCAAUCGGCGUAAACCAGCGAUGGACGUUAAGAUGUGGCCAGUCGACAACAAGGGCAGGUGCCCCCUGACGGUCUCUCAAAAAGCGAUCCAGUUUGCGUACGGCGUCGAAACUGCUGCGUCGUACAUGCUUCAUUUUCGUGUGAUCAUGUCCAGCGAACACCCCCACUGGCUCUCCAAGCAGAUUCCUGGGGUUUCAAAAUUUCCACGGGUCGCCUUCAUCGCUGAGCUCAUACACGAGGCCUUGGUCGUCGACAAUGUCGAGUACGUCUACACGGUGAUCGGGAAGCAACUGGACCGGGUCAUCUGCGACCCCACUCAUCUUCAUUAUGAGGCCGCGGUGGCGAGGCGCAAAUGGCUGAAGGUCUGGCACACCGCACCGAUGCCCCUCUCCUACGGUCACGAAGAGAUCAACCACGUUGCGCUCAUGCGAGUGCUCAGCACCGAUGGUGAGGUCAACGCAACUGGACUGCCGGAGGCCGCUUCGCCGAUGUGGUCCAUGGAACGCUUCGCCAUGGAGCUCGUAAAGCAGGCUUCCUCGGAGCACCGCCGCUUCAAAGCCCCUGUCCGCAAGUCCGGUUCUCUCGGUCCCGUCCUCCGUAUUGGCGUCCACUACGCGCGUGCCUUGUUGCACAAAGAAGACUUCACCGAAGUCGACAAAAUCAUUCGCAACAUGCUCGUCAAAGUCUUCACCGCCCGACGCCUCUCCUUCAUCCCCAACGAGCCCCCUCGGCACAGCACCCUCCCCUGCCCCCAGAACGUCUCCCCUUACGCCUGGACUUACCUCGGUGAUUCGCCCACCAAGGAAGAAGAGCGCUCCACUCAGGCCCUGACCCACGAGGAACGUAUCACGAGGCACCUGAAGAAGACCAGCCAGCAACGCGCCCUCGAGAAUCUGACUUCCCCUUGGGACAUGAGGAAGUUGACCCUCAUCGACCUCGUCACUGUCCUCGGUCGACGCGUCCCCCCCACAGAGUUCACGCCCGAAACCACCGAUAUCGGUAAGAACGAGGACACGCGCAUUCGACAGGUCUACACCUGGGCGGAUGAAUACGUCAAGCUCCACUUCCACGAAUGGCGCAUCCAGCUCGCCUUCAUCUGCGCGUUCAUCCUCAAGAAGAUGACGCCGAAGCUCUUCUGGCCGAAGGACUACAAGAAGCUCAAAUUCGGUAGUCACAACUACGGGGACUGGCAGGCCGUCGAGAAGAAGUUCCGCACGCUCGAUUGGAUCGAAAACGGCAACUCCAAAGGAAACAGGGGGAUGGUCACGGAGGGGUUGAUCUUCACCCAGGCGAUGGUGUCUAUCGUCGCUUACAUCGUGCCGGACAGCCCUCUGCACAAGUUCAUGAAAGAGGACGACAGAUGGCACUCCGGGCAAUGGACGUUGAGGCACGGCUCGAAGGCGCUUUGUUUCCAGAAUUGGAUACGACUGGGAAUCUUCCAGUGCUCUGGGAAUCGGGUUGCGCCGAACAGCUCGCCACGCUGGGGCGAAUCGUACUGCGUGCACGACCAGAUGGUUAGGUUAGGCAGGAGUAGACGCGCCCGAACGGAGCCGACGAAGGAGGCGGAGUGA